AUGGUGUUAACACUACUUAGAUAUCUAUGUUUUUGGGCCUUUUUCGGCGUAAGUUUGGCCCAAGAAUGGCCUCCUUUCUCAAAUGAGAUGAUCAAUGCCUUGAGAUCGCAGCGCGAUUUGAUGACAAACGUUUCAAUCGAUCAGAUACCUUUUCCUGGGAUAUCGAUAAAACCGGCUUUGUCACAAAGCAAUACUCUGAAUCAAACUGCAUACUUAGAAACCAUCUCUGAGCUUUUGAAUCAUGGUAUUCAGACAUUUCAAAUAGACUUGGAAUUUGAUACAAGCAGUCAGGAUUGGUUCUUGGAAGAUACUGGAACGAGAUUUGUGGAUGUUUUGAGUACUAUAAACGAAUAUUUGGGUGUAUCCAAUACUGAUUUAAAUGCAAACCUCAUAUCAAUACUCAUAAGGUUCAAUAACGAUACUUUGAAGAAAUCAAACUUAUUCAAAAACAGUAACUUCACCUCGGUAUUAGAAGAGGGUAUGAGUGUUGGUUAUAUAUACUCUAAAAAUGAUCUAGCGAAUGACCGUGCUUUGAAUCAAACAUGGGAUAUCAAUGGGUACUCUAAGGAUGGGUGGGUUAGUCUUAACCGAUUUUUAUAUGUGGUUAAAAGAAGAGUGGUCUUCGGGUUUUUGAACGGUGAUGAUAUGUUCCAACAGGAUGACAACCCACUUGUGUUCCCCUCAGAAACAUUUCACUACGUAACUGAAGAAGGAACUCUGCAAUGUCCUUUGAAAACUAUGGAUGAUAUAGGUGAAAUGUCAAAGAAACAAUGGAGAUUCCUUGAAGGAAACUUCACAUAUCGAAACUUUUUGCAAUACAUUGAAUGUGGUUAUUCACUUAUAUUGACCAAUCCAGUCCAACGGUCCAAUUUAUCUCAAGAGAACGAGUUCCAGCGUAGAUUAACCAGCCUUUUGCUCUGGUCGUGGAACGCUACUACACCAGAUGAUAUAUUGGAUGCAGAUGAGGAUGAUGCCAACUCAAAUUCUCAGUACGUCGCAUAUCGUUGCGGUGUGUUCACUUAUACAGAGCACGAAUAUUUAGCACCAUUUAAGAUAGGCAAUUGCUAUCGGUCAAUGCCUUACUUAUGCCGUUACAGUGACAGAGCGUAUGUUUGGAACAUCUCAGAAGAACAAGGGACGUACUUUGAUUCUGAAAAAGAUCACGUUUGUCCUGGAGACCAUCAAUUUGGAAUUCCCAGGAACCCGUUACAACAGCGUUCUAUCCGGAUAUAUCUGGAAGAAGAAGGUUUUGAUGAAAAAGACUUUUGGAUUGAUAUUAAUUCUAUUUCUGUUAAAAACUGUUGGAUUUCAGGCGGAACUUACGCAUCUUGUCCUUACCAACGAUAUGGAUCCACUAGUAAUUAUUUGGCUAUGAUUAUUCCCAGUGCACUCAUCGCAUUUUUCUUACUCCUAGUGAUGUUUUACUUCAAUUGGGCACACAUCCCUAUUCAAGACAAUAGAAACAAUUGGAAACGAAUUAUUACUGCCUAUUCGAAGGAAGAAGUCGAAGGUGUACCGUCUUAA